CGAAAUUGAAAGAAAUAUCAAUGGGGAGAGAUGUCGUUCCCCUGUGCAAUAUUACGAUGCAGCAGGGGGAAACACAGAUGUCCCUGUGUCUCUGGCGGGAGGCUGCGGUGUGGGAACUACAGGUCGGGUCCCACAUUAAAGUUUCCCACCUCAAGGCCGGAAAGUCGGCCUACGGAGUCAGGCUCCAGUCCACAAACUACUCCACCAUGGAGGAGGUCCGCUCAGAGGACAUCGUGGGUGCCCUUGGGGUAAUGGAGACUGAGGGAGAUCCUCAAUCUUCUUUUAGAAGACAGCCGGACCGUGAUCAUCGAGGAGCAAUUGUGGGAGCCAAUCAAGCUCAUGAUGACGGAACCCGGAAUGAAUAUCAAAAUUAAAUUAAUAGGGAACACGGUGCAAGAAAUAGCGAAAAUUUAAAUAUUUUAUUUUGAUUUCUUUGAUUUCUUUUAUUGAUAUGUUCAAUUGUGUAUAUAGUUAUAGUAAUUGUGUAUAUAGUUAUUUAUUGGCAUAAAUACAUGUUCAAUGUUCAUUGUAAUUAUGUUUAUAGUUAUUUAUUGUUGUUGUUUUUUUACAGCUCUGAA